GAUUCAUUGAAUGGAACAGGAAUCUAAAGGUUAACCAUACUCGAUCUUUGUGUUUGUUUUUGUGUCCAUGCCAAUGAUGGUAUUGGUUCUCGAUUAACCUUCUGGAGGGAAAUACUUAAACAUUGGUUCUUUGCAUUAUCGUACUUCCUUCAUCAGUGCAUUCGGUUACUCCUAGUAAUGGAUUCAGAUUCUUGAAGUCGUGUUCUAACUCUGCCCGUUUCACGAUUUUUUCCAAGCUGCUGAUCCAUAAACUGGUUGCUUUCAUUGCUUGUUCUUGUUUUGAAAUCAGACUUUUACCUGAUAUCACACAUGCCCUGUCUUUGCGACGGCCUUUGGGAGAUUCAUGCACUACAUCUAUUGAGCAUUCUUGUCCCUGCUCCUACUAAAAUGUUUGUUUCACCUUUAUUCUAUCGACAGUUUUUAUUGCGGUCUCCUCCAGUUUUGUGCAGCAUGUAGUAAUGCGGUUGCACAGGAAUUGUGCUUAGGCUUGUUAUCGUCGCACCACUUCCCUGUUAGCUCCAUAUAAAUUUACAGCUAGUAUAGUUCCUCACGGUUGCUAUCGAAAUAUAAAGCCGCACUCGUUUAAUGCUCCUUCGUCUUGUACUCUGGCAUACUUUCUUAGUUCGGUAAAUUGCAGUUAAAAAACGGUAGCAGGGGGAUAUGCUUUCUUACUUAUCAAGGUUUGCUUUAAGGUGAAAUCGGUGACUUGAGGGUUUGUAAAGUAUGUCUACUACAGCUUAGAACUAUUAAGCUUGAUUCCUAUGUUUGCUGAGGAUCAUGUUCUACUGGCAUACUGUCAGACUGGUCUUACCGAUUAGUGUUACGGAUGACAGCAAAAGCAAAAAGAUACUUCAGCUGAUUUACAUACCUUGAACUCAAGAGGUAAAAACACUCCUGAGCCAUGCACCUUGAUAUAUGACGCCCGUAGCAUGGCUCAGUGGCCGUGUUACAAGGUACAACACAUUUUGAUUUCCGGACUGUCCCUUCCUUUUAUGUAUGGAUUUCAUGGAUUUUUUUCUAACAGUUGCAUGUCAGAACCGAGCGAGACAACUUCCUUAUCAGGCUUUCUCACUAGUACUGGCUUUUAACGGUAUGUAUGUAUUGUUUUGUUGAAAGCACGAUUCUAACUUGGCGUACAUGAUAGUGAAAAUAGAGGGAAUGAGUUGGGAUACAUCUGGCUGUUGUGGUUGUCUUUGAUGUCCGUGAAACUUUCCUGUGUAUUAUUCUGCUCUUCGAGGAGCCUUGGAUAUAUUGUGGUCUUAAUAUUCCAAGGUACUUCAGAAAGCUGGUAGCUUGUAAAUAUAGUAAUUUGGUAUAGCUUUCGUGGUUCCUUGUGGUUGAAUAGCUAACAGUGUAGUGUGAAGGAGUCUAAUUUCAAAAUAUUGAACUCGAGAGGUCCCUAGUUAUGCAAUGUGUCUGCACUUUAUUCAAGCAUUGAGGUAGGGCUUGCAAAAGUGUCUUGAAUCUUAAACUAGCAAUCUUUUGUAUAACUUGGGCUUGUUUACAGAUGGCCUCGGUUGCAUAAGAUUAGGUAUAUUGGUGUGAAGCUGGAUGCAUCUUCCUCUGAUCGAUUGAUCUGUCGGUAAACCUUAAGGGUAGUAAAUGGGUGAUUAGUCAGUCCUUUAAAAUUAGGCACCUUACUGCUAUCAGAAUCCAAAGUGGUGCACGUUAGGCUUCCUUCUGUCUUAUAUACAUUUGUAUUAUGUCGGGGGCUGUGAAAAAUUAGCAAACAUGAAACCUCUGUGGCUGAACUGGUUAAACUGUUGGUGACAUAAGUAAAGUCUGUAAGUUUUGGUUAUAUUUUGGAUCUGAUGCGGUUGAAAAGUUGCCUGUAUGCAACUGGCAGUUUAAGAGCCUGCAAUCAUUGUCCCAUCUUGUAGGCAGAGUUUAUGAUUGGGAUAUUUGUGUUGAAUUCAUCUCGAAAUUUGCUCGUUGAUUAUGUUCUUGCCGCCUUGUGGCAGAAGCAUAUUUUAUUUAAUAUAAUGUUGUCUGCUGCACUUUGUUAAUCAUUAGACUUGAGCCGAGCUCCAUUAUGUGAUCUUCGACUGGACUCAUGUACUUCAGCUUUAUUACAUCUCUUCAGCAUUGUACUAGUCUUCAAUGUAAACACUGUCAUAUACAGGAAGUCAACAAUCGAAGUUUUCUCUAAAACAAUUCGAUGGGAUCAAUUCUCUUUGCUUUAGAAUGCUGCUAAUAUCUUUGCUUGUUGAUUCUGUUACUCCAAAUGAUGAAGUUGAGAUGUAUCUCUGCAUGUUUCACGACUUCCCCAAAGCAGCAAAUCUGUAAAAUGAUAGCUUUCAGUUCCUGUUUGGAGAUUAGACUUCUACUUGAUAUGACACAUGUUUGUUAUGGCUCUUCUAUCUACAACGUUAGGAAGGGUAGUACAUCUGGUUCCUGCACUAUUUACUAUAUUUCCUCUGUUCUGUUUCAGUGGUGUCCGAGAAUUGGAGUUGCACUUGAUUGUUUGGUGCACAUUCCAGCUCUCUAGUUUUGUGCAGUGCAGUCUUUAGAGGGAUUGUGCUUGGGUUUGUUGUAGUUGCUCCAUUUCCCAGUUAGCAUAAUAACUUGCUUUGUAACUGUCUCUUCGCUUUAUAUUAAUUUGGAGGGAAGUUGAUUAUCCUAGCGUGCUUCGAGUUGUUUACGAGAACAUAUAUUGUAUAUGCUAACUCUGUGUGGGCAGAUUCCAAAUUCAGGUACUUUUUCUAUUGAACAGGGCUUAGGGCAUAAGAGUUCUCUUGUGGCAUAAGAAUCUCCUCUAUGGUGUGAGCAUAAUUUCUCAACAGGAAGUGUCUAUAAAGUAGGCAUGGUCCCUUUCAAGAAUCCUGCGAGAUCAUUCAUAAUAUGAGGUUUUGCAGAAUAUGAAGCUGAGAUGCAUGCUUUUUAGAUGGUAUUGGCUUCCUCAAGUCCAUGAACACAGAUUUCUUGUUGGACUUUGCGGCCAAGGUAUCCUAUCAAUUGGUCUGAUUGUUUCAACUUGGUAUUAUUGAGAAUUCGGCGAUUUUGUGUACAAUUUUUUUGAUAUCUAGCUUCUGAAACCGUGAAUAUGGAGUCAAGUGUUCCAGGCUGCGCCCUUCUAUUGGUGCCAACUUCUGUUGCGGCUAUUAUAUUUGACCUAAAUUUCAUGAAAGUUCAUGGUAAUGGGGCCUGAAAAGGAAAUUAUGAUCAGUGUUAAUUUUAACCUGUUAGAACUGAUAUUGUGUUGUUAAGAGUUAAGACACUUGAUGCGAAUCUGAAAACGUGUUUCUCGACUAGAAUUAUUUUUGAAAAGUCGUGGAACUUUUUGAGUUGUAAGUUUUGAGGCCCCGUUAAUAUGUUCUUAUCGUGUUUCCUAUACGGCCAAUUUUCAAAAUUAUGAUUUCAUCCAGGAGUUCCUUACCUAAGUCAUUUGUAAACUGCCAGCUGCAUUAUCUUGAUAAUGGAAGGAACCGUAUUGAGUUCCUAGGCACGAUGGGAGCUGUAUAUAGACAUCUUGAAGGCUAAUAACAUCUGUAUUAUGGAAGCAAGAAGGUUAUGUUGCUAUUGUUAAACACAUUAUGGUUACAGGUUCUUGUUUCGCAUCAAUAUUCGAAUCUUUGCUUGCAAUGCUGUCCUUUCUACAUGUGCUGGUUUUUUGUAUUGAGAAGGAUUCUGAAAUUCGCAUGUUAUAUUCGAUCCGAUUAAGAGAAGACCUCAAUAAAUGGGCAAAUUCCUAUCAUGCUUCAUUCUUGGUUCUCGGACUCUGCUCAGUGCUGUGACCACCUCUGUAUGGUGCCAUGAAUCUAUUGUGUACUGUUGUAUUCUUCCUUGAGGCUCUGGACUUAAGUAUGAAGCAUCUAGAGAAAGAUGGUACUUUGUGUUAGAUCUAUGACAUGCCCUAUUUGUCUAGUUUAAGUUUUAAUUGUCUACUAUUUGGCAUAACUUUCAAUGGUUCAUACUUCAAAGUGAUGCACAUUCGAGACUUCUUUGUCUUGUACUCUUGUUUACUUUUGUAGUUUGGUAUAUUUCAGUGGGGUGUCAAAAGAUAGCAGGGGGGAUGAUCUAUAUGGGUAAAUUAGCCCAGAGAGGAACUUACCAGGUCCGUUUUGCGGGGAGACUGGUGAUUGACGGCUGUAAUCCAGUUUGCAGCUUUAGAAUCGUUAUUGAGCUUCAUUCCUGUGCUUCCUAGGGUUCAUAUUUUUUGGGUUGGAGGUAUGGCUUAUGGUUGAAAGAGCUUGAAGUAAGCACUAGCAGAUUGACAGACUUCGUUGGAGUGACCUGUUAUCUAUAAUUCACUACUGACAGUAGAACCAAGAAGAUACCUCGGGUCGAGUUGCCUACAUGUGUGCAGUGUUAGUAUUGCAGCUUUCUUCUAGGUCAGAGGUAAUGCAUUGGCAACUCAGAUGAGGUAGUUUUGCCUGCAGUAUAGACAUCUUGCAUUUAUGGAUCUUGGGAAGCUAGGAGUUCUGAUUUUGUUCCCAUUUGGUCUACAGUCCAGAAACUAGUGUGGUAUUCAAGUGAUCCUAGUCAACGAGGAGGCAUGGACGAAAGUUAAGUCUCGAGUGAUCGCUUGAAUUCAUAUGAGCUACUCACUUUUUUUGGUGGGUUAUCUAUGAACUUCGGUUCUCUGCAUAACAGUGUUGCUAAUACUAACUUUCGCCUGCGCUUUCUGUUAUUCCUUAUGAUCAAUUCAAAGCCUGCAAGUUGAGAUACAACUCUGCCUGUGUUGCGAUAUUCCGCAAGCUGCAGAUCCAUAAAAUGGACGGUGCUUAUUCUUGUUUGAGAGUUGGGUUUUUACUUGAUACCACAUGUUGUCAUUGCUCUCCGAUUUAUUGGUGACAGCAUUUGGAAGGGUGUUGUAUCUGGUCCCUGCAAUGCAUCUAUUGAGUGACAUUGCUCCUACUCCUGCUAAAAUGGUUGUUUUGGCUUUUCUCUAUAGACAGUUCUAUUGCCGUCUAGGAGGCAGGUUUGAUUUCAUCCUCUGUUCUAUUUACUUCAACUGUUCUUUUCCAGUGGUGUCAGGGUUGGAGUUGGAGUUCCACUUGAUUAUUUUGCCGCACAUUGCCACCUCUCCUCCAGUUUUGUGCGGUACGAGGCAAUGUGGUCAGAAUUGUGUUCAGGCUUGUCGUCGUUUCUCGACUUCCAGUCAGCUCUGUAUGUGGACGAAUCUGUCUUCUCCCAACUCGAAGCAUAACAUAAUAAUACGCUACAGCUCUAUAAAUGAUGAUUCUAACAUACUUUUAUUGCGAUUCUAAUUUAGGGAAAUCAAAACAUUCUAGAAAUGUACGUUAUAGAUUCAGGUACCUUUUUACUAAAUAGUUCUCUGUCUAUGCGUGUUAUAGAUUCAGGUAGCUUUUUAUUGAGUACUGAUUUCUUGUGGCAAGAGUGUCUCCCCCUUUUGUAUCCCAUUUGGUGAUUUCUCAAGGUGUGAAGCUUCUAUGGCAGUAGUGGUGUGGUGAAUGCAAUGAUGAGUGGUAACUUGAAAAUCAAGGCGUGAAGCGUCUAUGAACUGAGAACAUGUUUAAUUAAGACAGGUGAAGAGGCCAUUUCUAUGAUAGUGGUGGUGUGAUGAAUGCAAUGAUGGAAUCGAAAGUUGAUCUCUUGCUGCAUUUCUUAUCACAGAUAAUUUUUGUCAGGGUCUACUCUUUUUACUGACUAUUUUAGGGCUUCAGAUCUCAGAACUGGAUGCAAUGACAUGAUAGUUCACCCUACUUGCUUCCCCGAGUCCAUCAGGAAAUCAGAUACCUUGUUAAGACUGUGUGAUCUGAGGUACUGUUCCAAUUGUUUCAUCUUGUCGGUAUUAUUGAGAAAUACGAUAUAAUGAUUCUGUGUACAUUUUAUUUUACGAGUCCAAUUCUGAAGCCUAGGGUAUGGAGACAUCUUACAUUUCGAAUUGGGUGUUCCUAAUGGGAGCUGGAUAUCAACUUCCAAUUUGCCGAAUCCAUUAUGGUUACAGUUCCUGAUUCUGGCUCAAUGUUCGCAUAAUGCUUCUGAUGUUGCCCAUUUUUAGAUGUGUUGGUUUGUUGCUAUUAAGAAGGAUCGUCGAAUCCAAUCAUGCUUAAAUCUCAGUCCUCAGACUAUAGGUGGACCAGAAGUGGUUUUGAAGGCACGACUUGGAACUAGGGGCGACAUGGAGAUAAAAGAUGGUAGGUGGGUUGGCUACAGCAUCUAGCUGUUGUUCUUACCACAAACCUAAUGCGCAUUUGUGAAUUGCCAUGUCUUCCCUGAGGCUCUAGAGUUGUUUUGGUUUCAAGGACACAACAAACAGAUGAUGGUAGUUUGUGUUCGAUCUAUGACUGGUUCUAAGCUUGUAUGGUUCCUUUUACUUUCCUUUUACUUGGAUUCUUUCUGGUAGGGCAUGUUUUAAGAACUCAGUCGCAUGAAUUUCUGCACAAUCGCUGCUUAUAGAAGAAGGCCCCAAGCUUUCCCACUGCUAUUGGCUAUUAACUGUUCUGUGCACUGCAUCAAGCACUGUCCCAGAUCUUAGGACAUGUUCCCGCUACUGCAAUCUUGUGCAAAAACAACUAUAGUUUGAGCUUGAAGGGUCCCCCAAUUCUGCAAAGAGUCGUGCGUAAACUUUAACGAGCAGGAAUGGCUGUUAGCAUGGAUUUCGUUGUAAAUUAGUACCAAGUGGGAGUGUGUCUUGUAAGGAUGUCAUUUAGCAUGGUUUUCGUUGGUUCUGUCGUUUUACAUGCUCUGUUGUUCUCACUUCUCAUUGAGUAAGAUGUGCUUCGUAGGCUAGUUAGCAGGACUUGCGUAAGUUUAACAGCUGUUCUGUGACGAAAAAGGUUCUCUUAUCGAUGAUUGGCUAAUUCGUAUCUAGUUGUUCCCAUUUGAGAAUAUCUUUGACAAAAAAAGCUAGAAAAUAGACGAGCGACAAUACCAGCCUUUUGCAUAUGAAUGUUGUUAAGUGCUUGUAGUUGAAGCUUGUCAAGUUCAAAACGAUUCAACAUUGUAAACUCUUAGUACUCGAAAUGCGCUGUCAAACAACAAAUUGAUCGAUGAGUACAAAUAGAUCAUAGCUAAAUGGUAAAUGUUUUAUCGAUAUAUUACAGUAUUCCACAAAAUUUCACAUUUGUUACUACCAUAGGGAAAAUAACGUUGUGAAUUUCUUAUUAAGAUAAUUGUGUCUCCAAAAACCUGGAUUUAGUGGUCGUAUUUGCCAUUUUAAAAAACUUCUGAACAUUUUGGUUCACAUAAUCAAAACUAUUCUGGGAAAAGGAAAGGACAAGUACUCUAUCCACAAGGACUGGCCAAGCUCCAAAAGAAAUACAGGGGCAGGCUAAAUGCCUUUUAAUGGCUAUCAUCGCCUCUUAUCUCUAACCUGACCAAAUUUUGGUCGUUCGAUUUCCCCAAUGGCGCCCUCUGCCUCUCUUCUUCUUCUUCCCCUCAUUUCCCUCUUCAGCCUCAUCUUCACCGCCGCCGUUUCUGAGUCAACAAUCCAGCUCCCCACCGCCGCCUCCCACCAUCUCCCCACCGCCGCCUCCCACCAUCACGACGGCGCCGUAGCUUACGACGACGACGUCUACUGCGACAGCUGGAGGCUGUCGGUAGAAACGAACAAUGCCGGUGAUCUGGCUUCCAACAAACCCCUGAGGUGCCGCCAGUACGUGGAAGACUACAUGACCGGAAUCGGCAUCCAGGCCGAUUCCGACAUGCUGGCUUACGCCGCGCUCGCGUACGCCAAGACUGUGGACAUCGCCGGCGACGGGAAGGACGCCUGGGUUUUCGACCUCGACGAGACCCUCCUCACCAAUUUGCCUUACUUCCGUGACUACGAGUUCGGCUACAAGACGGUGAACUUAACUGCGUACUUUGAUUGGGUGGAAAUGGCGGUGGCCCCUGCUUUCCCGGCGAGCCUGAAGCUCUACAACGAGCUUAAGGAACUGGGUUUUGCGUUGAUCAUAAUAAGCGGAAGAGGGGAGGCUCAGAGGAGCGCCACCGAGAGGAACCUCGUGAAUGCAGGAUUCACCGGCUGGGAUCGCCUGCUUUUCGGGGAAAAAGCAGACACAGGGUUGCAGAUGAGAGAGCUCAAGUCGAAGAAGAGGUUGCAGCUGGUGAAGGAAGGGUACAGGCUGCAUGCUAACUAUUCGCAUCAGUGGUGCAGCUUGGUGGGAGAGGCCAUGGCGACCAAGUCUUUCAAGUUCCCCAAUCCAAUGUACUACGUCCCCUAGGCCUAGCGUUUCCAGUCAUUGAUGUCUGAAGAGUGUACUUUCUCAGGGCAACUCUCGCCCUCCCUUUUCUUCUGAAUUAGUUGGUACAAUCGGUGUCGAUUGUGAAGCCAUAGCAGAGCUCAAACAGAAAAGGCUAAUGAUACCAGAUUCCAGAUAUGUAACGUUCAAUGGUAGCCAAAAACAAAACAGAACAUUAUGU